GCAGCCUCCUUCCUGUAGCCCGGUUGAGGAAGUGAAUUUCGCUGACAGGGCUGGGUUCAGAGGGAGAGGCGAACAAAACAUCUUCCGCGGGGGACUAAAACGACAACAAAACAACAAGAGACGAGAGGAGCGAUUUGUUAAGUCACAGUAAACCCAAGGUGUACACUCGUCGGUGAAAUCGUGCUCCCCUGCCCCGCUGAGACCGCCGCAGACAUGAAUGACCAGCAGCUGGACUGUGCUCUGGACCUGAUGAGGCGUCUGCCUCCUCAGCAGAUCGAGAAGAACCUCAGUGACCUCAUUGACCUGGUGCCCAGUCUGUGUGAGGACCUCCUGUCCUCUGUGGACCAGCCCCUGAAGAUCGCCCGGGACAAGGUGGUGGGAAAAGACUAUCUGCUCUGCGAUUACAACCGAGACGGCGACUCCUACAGAUCCCCAUGGAGUAAUAAGUAUGAACCUCCCAUUGAAGAUGGUGCAAUGCCUUCAGCUCGCCUGAGGAAACUCGAGGUUGAAGCCAAUAACGCCUUCGAUCAGUACAGAGAUCUGUACUUUGAGGGUGGCGUGUCUUCCGUGUACCUCUGGGACUUGGAUCAUGGCUUUGCCGGAGUUAUUCUCAUUAAGAAGGCCGGGGAUGGAUCCAAGAAGAUCAAAGGGUGCUGGGACUCCAUCCACGUGGUGGAGGUGCAGGAGAAGUCCAGCGGUCGUACUGCUCACUACAAACUCACCUCCACUGUCAUGCUGUGGCUCCAAACAACCAAGACCGGCUCUGGUACCAUGAACCUGGGUGGCAGCCUUACAAGACAGAUGGAAAAAGAUGAGACAGUUGGAGAGUCCUCACCCCACAUCGCCAACAUCGGCCGCCUUGUUGAAGAUAUGGAGAACAAGAUUCGCUCCACACUGAAUGAAAUCUACUUUGGGAAGACCAAGGACAUCGUCAACGGCCUAAGAUCUAUUGAGUCUUUGCCUGAUAACCAAAAGUACCGGCAGCUCCAGAAGGAGCUGUCGCAGGUCCUCACCCAGCGUCAGAUCUUCAUUGACUAGGGUCAGAGGAGCGUUCAGACUCUGGCUGACAAGUCGAAGCAGGAGGCUCUGAAGAACGACCUGAUGGUGGCACUCAAACGCAAACAAAACCUCUAGAGAUGCUACUGUUGUUUUUCUUCUGUCUCUCUCACUCUCUCCGCCUCAUCUCUGCCAUCUUUCUCUGUUUCUUUACGUCUCUCCCUGUAUGCCUGUUUCAGUGCUGCACUCUUGUUUAUUUGUGGAAAAACAAAAAAGGAGAAAAUGCUUAGCUUUUUAUUUGUUUUUGUCAUUUUUUUUUCCUGUCUGGUUUUUUGUUUUCAUGCAUCUCAUCUGCCAUGAAGCCAUUCACCCACGCUCCGUCUGUUUCGCUCCUCCCCUCUCUUCUCUCUUCUCUCUCUUUUCUCUCCCAUGUUAUGAAUAUAAUGAUAAUAUUACCACGGUUAAUGAUAAUCUUACAGUGUGAGGGUCAUUGUAGUAAUAAUCCCUGAUGUUCUCACAGCUGAUGGUCAGUUUGAAAUGAGCGACUUUGGCCCCGCUCUUUCCCCGUGACGAGGAAUCGGACUGUACUUUAGGCGGCGUAGGCUCGGCGGUGGUGUCAUUAUUAUGUUCAUCAAAUCUAUUUCUUGCACCUAUUUUUGUCUGACACCCACCUGAUAUAUUUGUAUAGAAUUAUAACUGUCCAUGUAUAACUGUCAUUCUUCUGGGCGAUGUAAACAGUGCAAACACGAGGGUGGCCUUUCUGUGUGCAAGGAGGUUUUUACACUUUAUUCCACUCUGUCCACAUGUGAGCCUGAGGGAAGCAUGGGGGCCGCAGGAGAUGGAACAUGUAGACUUCUCAAACAUGGAGAUGGACUGUUAUUAUCACCCGGUUACAACCCUCGUCAUCAGCUUCCCCCCCUACACUGUGUAUAACAUGACAGUUGCCUCCCCUCUGUUCAGCUUAUUCAACUCUUCUCUCUCCUCACCUGCUAUGUCUUUGUUGGGGGUCACAGUUUGUCUUUAUGUCUCAGUGGAAACCUUUGACUGUUUCCAUUUUUUUGGAGGGGAAUCUUUUGUUGUAUUUUUUUGUUUUUAUUUUGUAAAGCUUAUGAUUCAUAUUGUAUUAGAGCCUCCAGCAACAAUAAAAACAGUAAAAAGCUA